GCAGUUUACACUGCCUGACUACUAUUAACUAAUUUAUGGCCAUAAUUGUGUCCCUACAAUGAGAGUACUGCCCCCUAUUGGUGUGUGUAUAUGUGUGUAUAUAUUAUAAUGAAUAAAGACAAAGAUGCUGCUUCUAUUGAGCCUGAUAACUUUCCUCCAGUUUUGUGUCGUCUGUGGGGAUUCUUGUAGACAGGAAAAUGUAUCUGGUGGUGAUGGAGGAGACGUCAUUCUACGCGUCCAUCAGACGGGGAUCAGGUUUAUCAACUGGGUUUUGUUACCAAAGGGAGAUUUUAUUGUUCAAACUAACCCUAAUGAAUCUAUAAAUGAUAAUAAACUGACAAAACAGUAUAAGGGAAGAGUGAGGAGCGAAGAUGAUGGAUCCUUACACCUCUAUAAAUUAUCACAGGAGGAUCAGGGGAUCUAUAGAGCAAAAAUACAAACAGAGGACAACGAGGACUGUGUAGAGUUUCAUCUCACAGUGUACGAGAUAUUAUCCCCUGGAGACAUCCAGAUCAACCACACCAUCUCCAGGAAUGACCCCUGCUCCCUGGACUUGUUCUGCUCCGUGUACAAAAGAAAUGUGACUAUAACAUGGAGCAGUGUACACACCAGUGAUAUCAAUGUGACCCGAGGUGUCCUGUAUGUAUCUCCCCGUGGUGUGAACGUCACCUAUAUCUGCACCGCACGUAACCCUGUCAGUAAUGUCUCCAAAACUGUGAUCCCUGGGGAAUUCUGCAAGACCAAGUCAGAAUUCAAAGGAGCUGCAAGAGAUCACCUACUGGGGGCCCUCGGAAUAAUUUCUGUCCUUGUUAUCAUUUUUAUACUUGUAGCAUGGAAACCUUAUAGACAAUGGAGAAAAGGAAAAUAUCAAGAGGCUGAAAUUAUCACAACAUACGCUCAGGUGGGAGCUCAGCAAAGUCAACAGGAAAAUCUCUAUCAUCAGCGUCAAGAAGAAAAAACAGACUAUAUAACGUUAUAUAGUGAGGUCCAACAUGUCAAGAAUAACACCCCGCAAAAGAAGCUGAUUGGAAUAGAUGCAAAAACAGUACAAACUGUGUACAGCGAAGUCACAAUCCCUAAGGAAUGAAGAGACAGCACAAGUCUGAGUAUUAUGUGACAAGUCAAUGUCUGACUUAUUGAAAAGCCUUGAACUAUGACUUUGGGUUAUCAGCCAAACCAAGGACAUCAAUCCAUAGACAUCAGUGUUUACAUAUUUUUUUGCAUGUAGUGAACUCAGAGAAUAUGGAAAUGAGUUUUUUUCAAUUUUUCAGGAACCAGACUCUUUGACCUUCUUAUCCUCAAGAAUGUUCAUCAACCCUUUAGUGAACAUCUAAAAAAAAAACAAAAAAAAAAAAAACAGUUCUCCUAAUAUUGGAUUACUACUUAUUCAGAGGGUACAGUAAAUUCUGCCAAGGCAAGAUGCAAACAAGGGCUGGACAAAACCUGGUUGCCAGGUCAGAAUGGAGACUAUGAAAUAACUUCACCCUGGUGAUCUGGUUUUGUGUCCUGCUGAUCAUAGAUUUGGCUACUUCCACCGUGUUCCAGAUGGAUGGGGCAGGCCAAACAUGAUACAGUAUUAUACGGUUUAUUCUACAAAAUAGUUUUAUUACAAAAGAUUAGACAAUGGUGGACAAACCCAAUAGUUUAGUGGUUAACUGGAUCUGGAGUCUGAAUCCCACGGGGGACAAUCUUCAUGAAGUUCGGUUAUUCUCUUUUAUGUGUUUGUGUGUGUUUUCUCUCACAUGCCAAAAAAAGAACCAAUUUUCAUUUCCAGUUACAUUACUAAACCCCUUAAGGACCAAGCCCAUUUUGGCCUUAAAGACCGGGUCAAUUUUUGAUUUUGCACUUUCGGAUUUUUUCCUCCUCCCCUUCUAAAAAUCAUAACGCUUUCAAUUUCCACCUAAAGACCCCAUGAGGGCUUGUUUUUUGUGUCACCAAUUGUACUUUGCAAUGACAUCAAUAAUUUCAUAACAAAAAAUCUACAGCGAAACAAAAAAAAUAUUUGUGGGGUGAAAUUUUUUAUUUUUUAUUUCAUUUUGUAACUUUUGGGGGCUUCUGUUUCUACCCAGUGCACUUUUCUGUAAAAAUGACACCUUAUCUUUAUACUGUUAGUCCAUAUGGUUACAGGAAUACCCAAUUUAUGUAGGUUUUAUCACUUCUAUUUAGAAAGAAA